CUUGUCUUUAUACAACAGCCUCAGUGGGGGUGGCAGUACAGAUAUGAACUUAAUCAGGAACCAGAACUUCAUACCUCUGGGAGCCAUUUCACUGUUUGCCACCAGCAGUGCCGAAUACCAGGACCACAUCAAUGCCAUGGUGGUGUCUGCCAACCAGGUGUACCAUGACUUCUUGAAGUCUGACAACGGUAAAGGCUUCACUGGACAGGUAUGCUUCCUGGCAGAUGCCGUGGGCUCACUUCUUGCCUAUGAUGCCCUGACAUCCUGCAGCUCCUCCUUCACACGAGCUGGAUCUCAUUAUGGAAGCCAUGAGAGUGUGGAGAGCAGCGCUAUUGGUGCAGAGCCCAGUGCUUCUUCUCCUCUCCUGGACAACCGGGCCCGAGAGCUGAGUCUCAGCGACCCAAACUUGGUUCCAAAUCCAUCAUCUGGUUCUCUAAGUGCACCAAAACGUCCUGAGCGCAGCAAGAGUGAGGUUGUUCCUCCGGACAGCUCUGAGGUGUACCAAUCUUGCAAAGAAGAUCUAACAUCUAUGGUGUCCUCAACAUUGUCUUCAAGAUAUUCAUCCCGGCACAAUUCUGGUCAUCUGUCUGCGUCAGCUGAAGGUAAAGACAAGGAUAUAUCUAGAAGGACCAGCAGUGGGAGUCAUUAUGACAGUGGCAUAGCUAAAUUUGACUUUGAUGUGACAGAUUUCUUUAUGUGCGGUACCCCACUAGGAAUGGUUCUGGCUUACAGAAAACUGCACCGAGGAGAUGAUACCAUCUUGUUCAGGCCAGCUUGUCAUCAAGUGUACAACUUGUUUCAUUCAAAUGAUCCAACGGCUGUACGGCUGGAACCUUUACUGCAUGAGGGCUUCUCUUAUGUUGCUCCUGUCAGUGUUUGUAGAUAUUCAAAGUUCCCCCUGGGAGAUGGAGAACCAGUUCAUGUUGUCGAAACGAUUCAAAAACACCUGAAGCUUUUCACAUCAGACUCAAAAGAACACAGAAGCUCAACAUCGGAGAAUCCCCGUCUGCUGCAGCGACAGAAUAGCCUGUCCAGCAUGACCAGCACAUCAAGUGGCUUAGGGGAAAACACAGUGUCCAGUAUAACCAGUGUCACCAGAAACUGGUGGGGUGUGAAACGAGUGGACUAUGUGUUGUACUGUCCAGAAGCUCUACAUUCCUUUCCCACGAAUGCCCUGCCCCACCUUUUCCACUCCAGUUUCUGGGAGUCCAGGGAUGUGGUGGCAUUUAUUCUCAGGCAG